AUGCGUGCUGUUGCUCUCAUUGCUGCUGCCGCUGCCCUUGCGGUUGCCUCACCUGUUGCCCACCCUCAGAUCUUCGACCUUGAGGAUCUCGAGUCCAUUGACGCUGCUCCCGCUGUCACCGCACCUGCUGGCGUCGGAAGUGAGACUGUCACCUACAAUGUCGCUGCCGCUACCGCCAGUGUCUUCGCCGAGGUUGCCAGCAAUGUGACCCCUGAUAUUGACACCGCCGACGGCACCACUUCUUCUGUCUUGAAGCGUGAUGCUUGCUCGCCUCAGCCCCAAUCACCCUACACCUACACCACCUCCAGCAACACUGACACUGCAUUCCUUGCUGACACCACCUACUCUAAUCUCGCUAUCAACGCUCAAACUCCCGUUGGAUGGAAGCAGACUUUUCAGAAUCUCAAGGGAUCCGUCAGCACUUCUGCAUACUUGGGCUAUGUCUCUUACCCUUCGUACAAUCCCGACGCGUGCGCCGCUGAAUGCGUGAAGAGAACUGGAUGCCUUUCCUUCAACAUCUUCUUCGAGCGUAACCCUACCGUCGACCCCAGUCCCAAAUCCGGUACUUGCAACCAGCCUACCUCCCAAACCGCACUCAAGUGCACCUUCUGGGGUGUCCCCGCCGAGCAGGCUUCCGCUGUCAACACUGGCGGAUACCGCAAUGACUACCACGUCGUUAUCGCCGGAUCCAACGGCUACAAGAUUAUUAAGCCCAGUAAACCUCUGUCUGGUCUGACCUCCACUGCUCUUGACAGCUGUGCUAUGCAGGAGACCUGCGGAUCCUACCUGACCAUCAAGACCUUCAACGACGGCAAGCCUUACGACCAAAACCGCUGCAAUGCUGCCUGCGCCGCCAUCACUGCCGAGUCUCUCAAGGCCGGAAAUCCCGAUAGAACUUGCCAAUACUUCACCUCCUACAUGCAGAUGAAGAACGGUCUUCCUCAAUUCCAGGCUUGCGCCAUUUACAGUGCCAGCUGGGAUUCUUCUGUCUGCAAGAACACCGGCUACAGCUCUAGCGGCAACGUCUACACCAUCGAUUACUCUUACAGUUACUCCAACAACUCCAUCCCAGGCACUUGCUCCUACAAGGGUCAGACUGGUGGUCAAGCCGUCCUCGCUUAA